AUGCUGAGCUCGGUGAUACCCUUAAAGAGGAGCGUUUUUGUGGGGCAUGGGAUUCACGACUUUGGUUGCAGCCUCCGAAGGCCAAUUGUGAAGCCCGGGGAGGAGAAUGCCGUUGACAUCUACAUGAAAACCCUGUCCAGAGUACGAAUUCAGCUUCUAGGUCCCUCCGGGUCCAUCACAAAACAGGAUAUUGACGAGCCAACAGCAGUCAUUCCCUUGUCCAUUCCUGGAGAGAAGAUCGGCCGUCAUACCUACCAUGUCAAAGCAGUUGGCGAGGUCGAUGAGAAAAAUUGUUCAGUUACCGAAGAAGUGAGAAGUUUAAUCGAAAAUAUUGAAAUUACUGUGAAGGAGCCAUUCGUCGGACCGCCAGGUAAGCUGCUUGCGGCGCCCAGGUUUGUGGUACAUAAUAUGUAUACAUGUAUGUGA